GCCACGGCUGCAGUGAUAAUAUUCCUCAUUUGUGUCACACAGAGAAUUUAUUUGCAAGAAGAGUCCUGCUCCAAAGAGAAAAUGAAUAGCCAAUACAUGCGUCAUGAAGUGCGGGGUUGUGAAACCAGCGACCUGAGGAACUUCUGGGAAAAGACCAUUGAACAACAAACUCAGUAUCUGCAAAAUGAAAAAGAACGUCAGCGAAGAAGUGCUCUGACAAAGCUCAGAAAUGAAUGGAUGGAGAGGCUGGAAAAACGCAUAAAGAUGUUGAGGACUCAAUCUGAAGACUCAUCCAGCUGAAGAGCCCACACUCACGACAAGUCUGGGGGAAAAUAAAUCUGUUUUGUAGGAAAGUGUAAUGUAAAAGCUGAAGUCAGUUUUACUCUGCAGCUUAAAUGAGCUAUAAUUAAUUAGCUGUCAUUGUUUGGAGUUUCAUAUGUGAAAUGCCAAUUGUUGCUUUCAAGAUUAUGCAUCUGUCCCUUCAUUUGAUAAAUGGAGAAUGUAGCACUCUGAAGUAUUUAACCCUAAUAAAUCAUGGUUCGCUGAGACGUAGAUGCCUGUGAAAAGAGUUUAGUUACACAGUUGUGCUCCGCAAAAGCAUUUCCUCAACAUUUUAAGUUUCUGUAUAGACUGACUGCAAUGUAAUGAAUUUAGGUGUUUUAAUGAAUAGUAGAGAUUUUUAUUUUUUACACAACACAGCCCAAUGCAGGCUAAGGAAUAUAGGACAUGCACAAUGCCACCACAUCCCACACCAGUAGUGAAGCCCAAACCGGUAGGAUCUACAGAUCCUAGCUGCUAAGUUAGAAGUACCUGUUAACUCGCUACCAUAUAUGUAUUGAUAAACAGCCUCUGUGAGACAACUACAAGAGCUGCCUGAUUAACCCACAUUAACUUAAUCAACUUAUGUCAGCUAGCCUGAGACCCUGUAUCAGCAUUGGUAGAAUCUGGUACCUGAGCUGGCUUGUCUAGAGGUGGAUUGCUACCUGUUUCACAGAGUACCUUGGUGCACUCACACAGCUGUCUGUCGUCAUGAGAGACAAGCAGGUUUUUUCUUCUAGCACCUUUUCCCUCUA